AUGCUUUGGCUACGGCAGAUACUUCGAAGUAAAGCACGUCCCUCACGCUUCUAUACUGGGCCUCAAACGAUCACCGCUCCCACGCCUGUUCGACAUGUGAGAUUUCGACGACGCUGGCUCAGGUCCUUUAUCGGAAAAUGUUUAUUAUACGGUGUUACUUUCCAUGCCUGGACUCUCAUGGUUAGAGUUUACACCAACGAUAACUGGGACGAGGACCCCGAUGAAAGGUUGGAAAGAAGUAAAAAACUUCGAGUUCUCAAAGAAAAGGAACUACUUGAAUCCAAGCGCCAAGAUAAGGAAAUAGCAGAGGAGGAGGUAGAGGAGGAUGAGCCCGUAUUCAUCCCUCUUACUUGGUACUUGGAAGAACAGGAGGGUGAAUUCUACACCGCAUCAGACCCGGAGUGGCAGGUGUAUUCGAAGAUAUCAAAGGAUCGCGAGAAGUUGCAAAAACUGAGAGAUGAACUUGCGGCCAUUAUCCUCCAGAGUGCCUCUGAGCAGAUCUCGCCAUUUCUUGGAAGUCCAUUAUCCUUAACUGGACUUUGGCUGGUACCACAGUUUCCGUCUCGUCCUCCGCCGGAAUAUGUGCGCGCUGGGAUGGAACUUACAGAUGACGGGAUAUCGUGGGCGACAAAACCGAUGAAUCCUGAGAUCGGUGAUAGACUGUCGAUAUUCAUGAGACCAACGCACGUGGCACUCGCAAUCUGGGAUGCCUAUUAUGUCUUAUACCGGAGGCAAAUGGACCGCCUAAUGAACCCAGACGGUCAACCGAACGAUGUACAAUUGUUGAACGGGAGGUUUACCCUAUCAAGCCAACCGAAUCCCAUGACCACCCGUGAAAAGUCUCAACUGCAGCCACCAAUAUCCGACCGUUCUACGGAGAACAUCCCAUCCAACGCUGAACCCGAACUCCACCCAUCAUUUUUCAUAUCGACACUGCAGCGGCUCCCGUUGCCUGACCUCGGCCCAGGAUCCGAUCUACAUUUGGCAUCUAUAGCCUUCAAGUUAAGGCUGCAUGACCAUGAGACUCAAUUUCUUCGAACUCCGAUCCACGACCGCCUCACGACCAUCCCUUUUACUACUUCCUCCACCAUCAUCACUACUAUCACCAUCACCAUCACCAUCACCAUGUCUGUUCCUCCUAACUUUGCCGGUAUCAAGCUCUCGGGCGGUAAGAAAGAAGAGACACAGCAUACUCUUGAAUUGUACCUUGACUAUGUGUGCCCGUUCUCAGCCAAAAUGUUCAAUACAUUCUAUUCCCUGAGUCCCGAAAUCACCCAACGAUACAAUCCACGACUCCAAGUAAUCUUCCGCCAGCAUAUUCAACCCUGGCACCCAUCCUCGACACUCACCCACGAAGCCGGCGCCGCCGUUCUCCGGCUCGCACCCGAGAAAUUCUGGGCCUUUAGUGCGGCACUUUUCAAGGUCCAGGGUGAAUUCUUCGACGUGAGCGUUGUCAAUGAAACCCGUAACCAGACAUACGAGCGCCUGGCUCGGGUUGCAGGCUCCGUUGGUGUUGAUGAGGGGAAGGUGUUGGAUCUAUUGAAGAUUCCUGAUACGCCCGGCCCGGAUGGAGCGCUGAAUAUGGGUAAUCAGGUCACGAAUGAUAUCAAGUGGAUAGUCAAGACGGGCCGAGUGAUUGGGGUGCACGUAUCACCAACUGUAUUUUUCAAUGGAGUGGAAGAGCGUGGAAUAAGCAGUGGUUUCAGCACAGCUCAAUGGGAGGAAUGGCUGGCAAAGAACGUGGUCUGA